CAGCCGCGAGAGUGCCGGCGCUCGGUUGAUUUUUAUUGUAAUACGAACCAGUGAAGAUGACACCAAAACAUGAAAAACAAGAAUUUGUAACUGUCUUGGUGAGAGACCCCAGGACGCAAAAAGAAGACUCAUGGCAUUCUUACAUUGACUACGAGAUAUUUAUUCACACAAACAGUAUGUGCUUCACAAGGAAAACAUCCUGUGUUAGACGACGCUUUCGAGAAUUCGUUUGGCUUCGGCAGAGGCUUCAGAGCAACGCAGUGCUUAUACAGUUACCUGAACUGCCAUCUAAGACUCCCUUUUUCAAUAUGAACAAUCCCCAUCACGUGGACCAUCGCCGGCAGGGUCUGCAGGAAUUCCUGGAAAAGAUCCUGCAGGACGCGUUGUUGCUUUCCGACAGUCGGCUUCACCUCUUCUUACAGACUCAGCUGAGCCCGGAGGACAUGGAGGCCUGUGUCUCUGGACAGACCAAAUACUCCGUUGCUGACGCCAUCCAUGAGUUCGCCUCCUCGAACAGACGCUUCCCUGUAGAGGACGGAGAGAGAAAAAAAGGAAAAACCGACGGGGACUCUGAUUCGGAGAGUUCAUCCUCCGGGCUUGGACCUAGUGAUGACAGCAUUUCAUGCGGAUGUAAAGCAAGCCCAGCUUCUGAAGAAUCAUGAAAAAUCAUUCCUGUAUUGCUAUCUUAAGGACAGCACGAGGCAGAUUCUGCUCUGUUUGCGGGUUGCGUGUACCACGUAAACACAGCUGGCUGGUAACACCUACCUAAAAGACACGUCGUCAGUACAACCAUACGUCCUUACAAAAUUUUCAAAACAGACCUUGGUACUAUUAUUUCUUUGUUGAUUUAUUAUAUAUGUUGAUUCAGGUCUAUGCACUGCCUAUUGCACUUGGGUUUUUGUGACUAUUACAAUCUCAGUAUUGAGUUAAGUCAGGCUCUGCUGACAUACCUGGCAGUUAAAACCUUUCCCUUAAUGUAUCUGAUCUGAAAAAUAAAGAUAACUCCUCAUUUUAGGAGUUUGUACAUCAUACCAAAUAAAUUCAAAGCAUCUUUUUGUAAUUUGCAUCAGAGAAGUUUCAUCUUCAGAAGUCAUUUGACAUUGGUGAUGAAAUUACACACCCCACAAGGUAUUCACUUUUUAAAGUAGCUCAGCAACAUCAGCAAAACGACAUUUGUACAAACUAUAUGCUGCUGACAAUUUGAGAUAUAAAUAUAUCCUCCCCUGGUCCUUCUGCAAUGUUGAUGGGAAGCUUGGUUUUAUCAUGCAUAAGGACCGAAGGCCAAAAUUCUUGAGCCUGGUCGCUUGGAAGUUAGAAAUAUGAAUAAAAGCGACUUUAAUUUCUAGGCUUGCUGGAGAUUCUCAGUUCCCAGGGAAGGACAGAUUCUGGGUGGACAGAUUCCUGGGUGAAAAUCCUGGACGAGGCCUACUGAAACCAGUGGCUGACUUCUGCAUCGGCCUCUGUUGGGCCAGGAUUUCACCCAGCGUGUCCAACCGUGGGCACUUAACGUUUGCAGAUGUGGGGGGAAAUGCUGUAUUUCAGCAGUUUUAAAUGGAGAGCGUCUCCCUCCCCGAGGUGACUGUCACCACGAGGCUGUGACCGCAGGGACGUGGGACCUCUCCCCUCUGUGGGAGCAACAGGAGCUGCUGGUUUCAUGGGGGCUGUAGUUAACACGCCGGAAUACUGCCUUUUUCCCCAAACAAAAGGCAGGCUGGAGCACAGCUCCCUAACCACCAACACUUAUUUUUUGAUUAAACGUCAGUUUUGCUCUUUAUUGUUAACAGCAGCUGCGUAGUGUCUUGUCCCAGAUUCUGUCAAAGGAAUAUGUUUUACUGUGGUGUUGUAUUUAUAUUUGACAUUUAACUGCUAUUAAAAAGAGCUAGGGGGUCUGAUUGCCCUAGCAAAGAUCGCAUUAACUUCAGUGCUGUAGUUACCGGCCUAAAAAUGCAUAUUUUUGUUUGGUUUGGGGUUUUUGUUUUGUGUUUUGUUUUUGUUUUUGUUUUUUUUCUAAAAUAAUUAAGUGGAUACUUUCAAAGAAGGAGCAUUUUAAACCUGUGGAUUACAGAAACAAUAGAUUAUUAAAUAGCCAGAUAAUAAAGGUUACCACAGGCGUGUGUGGGCAUGCUUUUUUGAAGCAUCCAGCUGGGAAUCUGUGUAAUUUUAGAAACGUGUUUUAAUAGCCUGAGGAUAACAUCUCUUAGGUAACUACUUUAAGGCACUGUGUUUUGUUGAUGGUAGCACUUUUAUGAGAUAAAUAUCCAUGUUUUCUUUUUGCUUGGUCCUAUUGAAUUGCACAAAUGUAUCUAUUCACCUUCUCAGCUUGCGUGUGAGUUAGCUGCAAAGCUAUUUUAAAGUAAAAGUGAUAAAAUUUAAUUAAAAGCAACAAGUUAUCACUAAAAGUAGCUUAAAAAAUAGCUGUUAUUGCCAGGCAGAGAUAUUUGAUUACUUGACUUUUUUUUUUUUUUUUUUUACUUUGAGAUGCCACAUUACAAGAAAAAUUGUUUAGCAAAUUUAUUUAAAAGAUGGGGAAAAUAUAGAAAACCAAACUGUCUGAGAAAGAUAUUAAUGUUUUUAUUUAAUGCAAUGUUAGGGGAGUGUUUUUUUUAUUUUGUUUUAAAAGACUGAUCUAAACUGUUGAAGCACUUUACAAUUCUGGCCUACUAACACAUCCUCAGUAUCUGACAAAAAUUACAGAAAUACAAGGUUUGGAGAGCCUUUAUGGCUAUUUUUUAUUUUUAAAUUCCAGGAGCUUAUCUGUAUGCCAGUGAGUGUUUUCCAAAUAAAGAUGUUUCUGAAAUAAAUA